AGAAAAGCGAAGCCAAAAGGAAACAAUCCACCUUCCACGGCACUAGCUAGUAGUUUCCAAAAAGCUAAAAAGAGUAGUAGUAGUCGUAUAAUUAAACAAAGAGAGUUUAUAUGGAACUCUUUGGAAGAACCAUAAAUAGAGAAAACAGCUCUAUGUGUAUGGAUCAACAUAUCUCGGAGGCGAACCAUGGCACAAGUCAGAGUUCGAGGACGAGAAGCCCUGCCCCGUUUUUGUCGAAAACGUACGAUUUGCUAGAGGAAGAAGAAGAGGAAGACGAAGAUGGCAGCGGAAAGAGAUCAAUUGUGUCAUGGAAUGGAGAGGGAAAUGGGUUUAUAGUAUGGUCUCCUGCUGAGUUCUCAGAGCUCUUGUUGCCUAAAUACUUCAAGCACAAUAACUUCUCCAGCUUUAUUCGCCAGCUUAAUACCUAUGGAUUCAAGAAAACAUCACCAAAACGAUGGGAAUUCAAACACGAGAAGUUCCAGAAGGGAUGCCGGCAUAUGCUACUGGAGAUCAAUCGGAAGAAAUGCGAACCGAGCGCUUUUCCGGUGUAUCUAAAGGCUUCGGAAGAGAGGAGCACUAGUGCUGCUGGCCUUAAUCGAAGCAUGAUCAAUGCAGCAGAACAAGAGAAUCAGUCUUUGCUGCUAAUGGAGGAGAACAAGAACCUAAGGAAGCAGAAAAUGGAGCUUCAGACGCAACUUUCUCAUUUCAAAGCACUAGAAACUAAGCUGUUGGAUUGUGUGGGUCAGUAUAUGCAAGACCAUCACAAUCGAUGACAAAAAUUAGUACCAGCAGUGAUGAGAGUUUCCUUAGGUCUGUGUUGAAUAUUACACCAUGCAUGCUUGUUGAUCCACAAUUCAAAGCUUUAAAAUCAAAAGUUGAUUUUGCCUGCUC